AUACACUGCUCGUGUGGUCCGGCUAGCCCGGGUAACCUCUCCAGGAGAGAGCGAGAGAGAGGGAGAGAGAGAUGGAUCGAGACUGGGGAUCGAAGCCGGGAAGCGGUGGCGCGGCCUCUGCGCAGAAUGAGGCGAUCGAUCGGCGGGAGCGUCUCAGGCGUCUCGCUCUGGAGACUAUUGACCUGGCUAAGGAUCCCUAUUUCAUGCGAAACCAUCUCGGCAGCUACGAGUGCAAGCUGUGCUUGACGCUGCACAACAAUGAGGGGAACUAUCUUGCUCACACACAGGGGAAGCGGCAUCAGACGAAUCUCGCGAAAAGAGCGGCCAGAGAGGCUAAGGACGCACCCACUCUACCUCAGCCCCACAAGCGCAAACUCUCCCUUCGGAAAAGUGUUAAGAUUGGUAGGCCUGGUUACCGUGUGACCAAACAGUUUGAUUCAGAGACCAAGCAGCGUUCUCUUCUGUUUCAGAUUGAGUAUCCUGAAAUUGAAGACAACACAAAGCCAAGGCAUAGAUUCAUGUCAUCCUUCGAGCAGAGGGUCCAGGCUUGUGAUAAGAGAUACCAGUAUCUGCUAUUUCAUGCGGAGCCAUAUGAAAUCAUUGCUUUCAAGGUUCCAAGCACAGAGAUUGACAAGUCCACUCCAAAAUUCUUCUCUCAUUGGGAUCCAGACCUUAAAAUGUUCACAUUGCAACUUUACUUCAAAGCAAAGCCACCGGAAUCUAACAAAGCCCCAGCUGCUCCUGUUCCAUUGGUCAAUGGAACAGCAGCCCCUGGCGUUCCUCCGAGGCCCUUGCCGCCACUUCAAGCACCUCCUCCACCUCCACCACCACCUCAGGGAGCUCCACCCCCACCAGCUCCUGUGGGGAACCCUCCUGCAAGGGUUCCACCGCCACCUUUAGGUGCUUCACAACCCCCACCGCCACCACCACCGGCAGCAAAUGGUCCGCCUCGUCCAAUUCCUCCACCGAUGGCUGGGACUGGCACAAUGGCAAGCUUCACACCAGGGCUUCGACCACCGAUGCAACCCUUUAUGGGGCAGCAGGUGCAAAACCAGGUUCAUUUCCCUCCCCCACCACCACCGCCACCUAAUAUGGGUCAGUAAUCACCUGUUCCCCCUUCAUACCAUUGAUGUUUUAAUCAAACUUUUUGUUUUCUGAUUAUAUGAUAUGAUGGAAUUGUAGUGAAAGAUUUUGAUGAAAUAUUACUGUCAGAAGUUUUUCCAUCUA